GGCACCACUAAAACUGACUUUUACUAACUUGUUUGAACCAAUAAUUCUGGGGAAACAGUGACUAGAGAUUGGAAAAACAGACGGGGGUUUAUGCAAUCUACUGAAGAGUUGCUGCCUUCAUAAGGUAUCUAUACCAUUGCACAAAGCUGGUUCUGCAACAGUUAAAAUGAAAGUGAAUUUGGUAAAAAGUUAUCAUCUAUCUAGUAUGGGUACUUCUGCUUUGAAUUUCACCUGCAAAUUGUGUUUCGAUUCUGAAAACUAGCUAAUAAAUCCCGUUUGGUGCUAGGAAGGUAGAGUCAGGGGUUUGAAUUUUAGUGAUAACUCACAAGGCACUUGGUUUAAUCUAAUUAUGUUGACUUGAGCACUUACACAAAACAAAAACCAAAAGAGAAGGCAAAACUUUCUAUAGUUAAUAUGUAAGCAAAUGAUCCAGACUAAGCAAGAAACGGUUGAUUCAACUUGCAUUAGGAUUAAAGAGGAGGGAGUUGAAGAUUGAAAUGAUUUGUCUCUCUUGGUCGCAUAGAUUUUAAACAUUUAAUUAAUUAAAUAAAUUCUAGACGACUAACCAUGUGAGAGGAGACAAGUCCUCACUGUUUUCUCAUGUCCAAUGCACAUGAUUGCAUUAUACUGAAGGUGAACCGAUCUAUCUAACAUCAUUUGAUAGAACAUCCCCACUUCGCUUGUUCCACUUUUUUCCAAGUUCCAACUUUACAUUCUCCUUCCGAGCACAGCUUGGAAUGACUAUCCAACUUGCUCAUGUGACAGUAGUACAAUAAUUAUUAGCCACAUGAUUGAUUUCCUUCCCAAUUCUACCCUCCACAAGGCUUUAUUUCCUUCUCUAUCCCAAGUCUCGUGGGGACUGCUUAUGCAAGGAGAAAAAGAUUCUACAGACAUUAAUCAUCAUUGAAUAUACAGCUACAGAUGAUUUCCUGGAAGAUCUCAACUUCAUCAAGGUUUAGAUCAACCAUCUAUUUUUUCUGAUGUUUGGGCAGUUCUAUUCUAUGGGUACUUGACAAUGGACCAUUUGAAAGAAACUAUUGAACUUUAAAAUCCCUCGUGAAGGAGGGCAUUCAGGUAAAUUACACAGCAACAUGUUGUUUUGGCUCCACCAAUCUGUGUUUAGACGCUAAGGCCAGUAAGAUUUCACUUCUGCAUCGACAUAAUAGUGUCCUCACUCGCUCGCUCCUAAAUUUGGGAAACAGAAAAGUGAAAGGGUGAGGGAAGAGGUAAGAUGGCCAAUCUUGGAAGUCCCAGAUAUUGUUUCUUCUGUGCCUUUCAGUUGCUUUUGUUAAUCCAAGCCAAAGUCCUAUGCUAUCAGUACAAGGUUGGAGAUUUAGAAGCUUGGGGUAUUCCCACGUCAGCAAACCCGCAGGUAUACGCCAAAUGGUCCAAGUACCACACCUUCAAGAUUGGAGACUCUCUCUUGUUCUUAUACCCACCAAGUCAAGAUUCGGUUAUUCAAGUCACGGAACAAUCCUACAACUCUUGCAACCUCAAAGAUCCAAUCCUGUACUUGAACAAUGGCAACUCUCUCUUUAACAUCACUAAACCCGGGGAGUUCUUUUUCACCAGUGGGGAACCUGGUCACUGUGAAAAGAAACAGAAGCUAUACAUUUCUGUGCUUUCAGGGAAUGGUUCUGCAUCUGCUCCCUCUUAUGGUCCGAGUGCAUUGCCUGAAACUACAUCUUCGCCCUCUUACCCUACUGUCUUCGGCACAAUCCCUCAACCGCCUUCUUCUUCGCCUACUCUAGGAUUCCCAAUCUUCAUUACAGCUGUUAUUGCAUCAGCUACAUGGGCAAUAAUCAAUGGCAUGAUGUGAAGGGCAUGGACGCCUGGUUACUUUCUGUGUCAAAUUUUCAAAUCCAACUGGAAAAUAUUUUUGUAUUUUUUUCCCUAUGCGGCAUUUAUUUAUUUAUUUAUUUUCAUUCAAAUGUUGGUUUUGUAGCUCUGGUAUAUUGGUUCAUAUUAUAAUUUCUCGGAUUUGUAUUUCUUAUCAGUGAUCAAAGAGAAUGAAUAGUGAAAUCGGAUGCAGAAUCUUGUACAA